CGCUUGUAAAGUGUUGUACUUUAACUUGUUUAAAAAGGUGUAAACAGAAAAAGAUUGUUAACUGCCUUUUUGGUCAUUACUAUUGUUAUUAGUCGAUUACGACUAUCAGGAUUUAUCGGUUGUACACUUCUCCUUAUGUUACGAAGUGCUACUAAUUUGUAAUUAUUGAUUACGUCACGCAAUCACAAGCCAUUUUGUCAGUUUGCACUCUUUGUAUUCGCAGUGUUUGCGAAAAGUAAAGGUUCCCGAAACCUUGGUGUUCUUCGACAAGUGUUUUUUUAAUCGUUUUCAAAAUUCCCGUGCCUACGAGUAAGAACUCCGAUACCGGGGUCGGUACUGGCGGCGAAAAUAUGAAUAAUAAGAAAAAAAACAGAGGAGGACCUGUACGGCCUCCUCGGGUAAGGCCUGUUCAAGCUGAUGGUGUAUACGGCAAUGCGCAUUUUAUGCAUGCAGCAACUUCACUAGUGGGCAAUGUAGUACGAAUUCAAACAUUAUCAGGUAAGGUUUGGGAGGGUGUUUUUCGCACCUUUUCAAGCCAGUUCGAUAUAGUUCUCGAAAUAGCAGCCAAAGUUGAUAAUCCUGAUUCAAAAAACUCCAGUCUUCGUGCAGAUACUGUAGUUGAAAAGCUCAUAUUCAAAUCCUGUGACAUAAUAGGUAUGGUGGCUAGGGACGUUGAUGUGGAAUAUGCUACCAGGGACACAUUUCAGACUGAUGCGGCUAUCUCUUCUAAAUUUAACGGAAAGCAAAACUCUUUAGAAGAAAAGGAACUAGAACCAUGGGAUUCAUCAGGAGCAGUAAAUGGAAAUGAAGCCUCAUUAGAAUUAGAUCAAGGUACAAAUGGGUGGGACGUGCAGGACAUGUUUAGAAAAAACGAGCAAGUUUAUGGUGUUACAAGCAAUUUCGAUCAGUCACUGACAGGCUACACUGUUCAGUUACAACCUAGCGACACACCUGACUAUAGGGAAGCCGAGGCUCGCGCUGAACAAAUUGCAAAUGAAAUAGAAAAUCAACCGAAUUAUAAAGCUCGACAGGAAUUAGAAAACGGGGACGAAGAAGAAAGAUUUGCGGCUGUGAUAAGACCCAGUCAAAAUCAAGAUAAUUCAAAUUAUUCCAAAUCAAGCCACGAACAACCCUCGUCAGGAGGUAAAUAUGUCCCUCCAGCAAAACGAAAAAAUCCAGCAACUGGUAAACUUAUGCGUAGUACGCCACCACCCUCUCAAACUAGCAGUGCUCAAACUACACCCUCUCCCAAAGGCACAGUGCCUCCGAUGAACUAUCCGACUCAUCCCUCUCCUCAUUCCAGCAAUCCACCUUCUUCAAGCUCCAACAAUAUGAUUUCGCAACAUUCUCGUGAAUCAAAUGUUCCUCCUCCGCGAGAACCUAAUCCUCCACAUCACGUUGGCGCCCAUGCUCCUCUACAUCCUAGCAUCCCAUCGCAACAUGUACAUAACACUAAUUCAGCCCAUGCUGCUGUAAAUAUGCAACAUCCUCAUACAGCACAGGUACAACACAUGGCUAAUCAUGUGCAAACACCACCGCAGCACCCUAAUCCUGUAUCGCAUGGUGGUUUCAAUGCCCCAAUGGCAAGACAGGGACCCCCUCCUCAACAGGUGAUUAAUCAGUCGAAGCCUCAGAUGAACGGGGAUGCAAAAAUGUCUCAACGAAUGGGACGUAACAGUGGCUAUCCACCUCCCAAUGGUGGCAAUGGUGGAAACGUUGGCGGGCCGGUUACAACCAUGUACCAAGAACCUCCAAUGGGUCCUCCCCAACAUCAGAGCCAAGGAAAAGCGGAAGGCAUGGGGCGUGGACCCAAACACAAAGAUGACACGGUGAAGGAGCUACAUAAAUUUUCUCAAGAUUUCAAACUUGUCCCCCCAAAUGCUGAUCCAGUGUCUCAACAGUUGAUGGAUCAGCAGAUGCAACAGCAACAAAUGCUUUCUGGCCCUCCACCACCCCAAAUCAAACAACAGCACCCAGGUCAACAGAACGUCCCACCACAACCACAGCAGUCAAUAUCUCCGACCCAAGACGGGGUCGACAAAGUUACCAAUACACUAAAGAAAUCCACUUUAAAUCCAAAUGCUAAAGAAUUCGUUUUGAAUCCUGCAGCAAAGCCUUUCACUCCAAGAUCUCCAAGUACUCCUAGUGCUAGCAGGCCUCACACACCCCAAACACCUAGCCAUAGUCCAUAUAUUUCGGCGACAGUUAGCGGCCCCCCUGGUCAACAUUCGGUCCCCGUUAUGAUGCCCAUGAAUUACAUCGUCACCAGUCAGCCCCAGUACCAACAGCAGCCACAUCUUCAAGGGAACCGCAACAGGAAAGUGCCGUUAGGUCCUAUGAGAGCGGACGUUUCGCAGAUGCAGGUCGCGGCGGCGACGGGCCAGCCUCUGCUCGCCCCUGCCCCUAUACAGCAGUUCGUCUAUCCACCAGGACUGAACCCAGCGCAGGCCGCCUACCAGCAAAUGCACACUGUGCGGAUGUUCGAGUCGCCGCCCCAAAUCCAGUAUUUGCCUGGACCAAAUCCGUCGAACACUCCAAGUCCGGCACAGCCACCUAAUCCUUAUACGCCCAAUCAGCCUCAACAAGCUCCUCCACCCCAGCAGUACCAGACUGCUCCUCCGCCACCUCAUCAGGGUCCGCCGCAAUACCCUAUUAUGUGCCCAAUUAUACCAACGCAGCCCCAUAUGAUGCAGGCAGCUGCUGCGGCUGGUGUGCACUACAUUCAGCAACCUCCCCCACCACCCCAAGGGCAUAUUCCUGUCAUCUUGUCUGCACCUCAUCAUCAGCCCCCGCCCCAACAGCAACAUGCUCCAUAGCGAAGGGGGUUAGGCCAGCAGCACCAGCAGCUUAACUUUUAGUUGAAUUCUUCGUGUGUGCGACAGAGACGAACAGUAAGAAAUAGCGAGAGAGAGAAAGAGAAAUAGAGCGAGCGAAAAACUUUGAGGUGGUAGAAUAGUUAGUAAAAGAAAAGACGGAUUUCGUAUAAAUUUGCUAUGGUAUGACUGAAGGUAAGAGGGUGAUUUUUUUACUAGGGUUCGUUUUUUUUUUAAUGGUAGAUCCUAUCGUGUUCGAGUCAGUUAUAACAAAUAAGCAAAAAACAUUAGCAAUUUUUUUAUGAAAGGCUGAAAAAACAAUAAUAUUUAAUUAUAUAAGCGUAAUGUAUUUUUUUA